CAAAGAAAUGACAACAUCGUCAGGAAUGAAUGACCACUGGAAUAAAAGACUGUCUUUGUUAAAUUUCUACGUCUGUUGUCUAAAGAGUGUUCCUGGCUUCACUAUUGUAUGUUUUUGACUUGUCCAUAUGGCGGGAAAUAACACGAAUCAAAUACCUCUAGCGCCUCCAUUGCCACCAGUAAUACUUGCAGUAAAUAUUGACGUAAAAAUUGUUCAAGAAUUGCUUGACGCUUGUCGUUCUGGCCAGGCCGAUAAGGUGUGUUGUUUUAAUACUUGUUUAUAUAUACGUAAUUUUUAUUGCACUUUCUGUGAUUCAAUAUAGCUUAGGUAUACUGUUCAAAACUUUUAUUUGUAUAUUAAUAUUACUGGCUAAUUAGAUAUCUGCUGUAACGUACAAUAUAAAUACUAUUACUAAUACUGCGCACUUUGGGCAUUUUUGAAUUAACAAAAAUAUAUAUGAUGUCAUACAUUCUCAAUUGGAAUGUUUACAUUGGGCAGGCAAUCAAUCUCACCCAUGCACUUCCCCACUGACCCCACACAUUUUGAUAAUAUUUGGUAAUAAUAGAAAAUCAAAUUGGAAAGUUUGUAGCAUGCGGGCAACACUUUCAAGACAUAUCUGAUAGAAAUUGUAGUAAAAUUGUACACCUAAACCUCAGAAAAACAUAAUUGCCUGUGGAAUAUUGUGAGGCUACACAACACAAAAAUGGCUACCAAAAUUUGAUAUCACCAUAUAUAAUUUUGCAAACUUCCCAAUCUGGAAGUCCAGAAAACGGAAAUAUUGUCUGUGCAAUAGUUUGAGGCCAGGGGCAUAGCGAGUAUCAUAUGGAGGGCGGGGUGGGGGAUAGGUGGUACAGACCCUACUUUUACUGACAAAAUCGGUGCUUUUACUGUGUUAUUGAAAUUGUUAAGAAAUCGGUAAUUAAAGUGAAAUGAACAUAGAACAGGUCAGUCAUUGGGGGGAGAUUUUAGGGGAUAUGAUGAAUUUAGCCGUUAAUUCAUCAUGAUACUAAAAAGCAUUAAUUCAGCACUUGUCACAUAAAUUUUCAUAAUGUAUAAUUCCCUGAGUUGUUAACAGAAACCACUGCAUGGAUAUUUUUUGUUAAGCCUAAUUCAUAUGUCACUCCCUAUCAUUAUAUUAAUUAAUUACCAUAUACCAAAGCAGGGAAGUAAAUUUACUCCUCUUUUCGCAUAAAAGUAAGUGGCUGGAAGUAAUCCCCUUAAUUUAUUUUAACCCAUUCAGUACUGACAAGUAAAAUCAUCUGGUGUUAGACAGAGUAAAAUAAUAAAGUAGGGUGCAUUUGGACUCAUUGCUACUAAGGGUUAACAGGGUGCAUAGGCAUAUAGUCUGAUCAACGUACCCAUUGAGUGGCAGUACUCUCCCCCUGACAGAGUAAAAUAAUAAAGUAGAGCACAUCUGGGUAAAUUGCCAUGCUCUUAUAUAUAAGGGUUAAAAUUAAAGUAUAUUGUAAUUAUAUUGAAUUUCUUGUUUACAAUUACUGCAGCUUCAAAGUUUGAUGCUGGAGGUUGGAAAUGAAAUUAAUUUUACAAAUGGUAGGUUAAAUGAAACAAUGCUACAUAUUGCAACUAGAAGUGGACAUACAAGUUGCAUGAAAGUAUUACUUGACAACAAUGCUGAUGCAAACUGUAUAGGUAAGUUAAUCCUCUAUUUUAUUCAAUAAACUAUAAGUGCUAUAUGAAUAAAAUAACUAGAAAUGAUUGUAUAUAACUCAAUCAUCUUCAGAAAUAUUGAUAAUAUUAUAAAUACUUUAUUUACUAUAUAAUUCCUGUGUGUUAUAAUCUGUGUAAUUGAUUAAAAGAAGCCAAAGGCAAAACAAAACAUACAGUAAUACAUGCAUGUGCAAUCAAGAUGUCAGUAACGGAGUGGUUAUAUAAACAAGAACACAGGAUAUACAGAUAGUCAGAUUACUGAAACAAAAUCUCAGUCAGUAUAACAAUAUAGAAUAUGCCAGUGGAUAUAAACAUCAGGCUGUCUUUCACUCCUUUCAGCAUAUGCAGAACUAGCACUGAGAAGUUUAAUUGUCACAUAUAUGUAUAUAGGCUCUCAGUCAAGAUUAGAUAUCCAGGAUCCCAGAUAAGGUAGUACCCUAUAUGUAGUAGGGAAAUCAGUUAGGAUCUCAGUCAUUAGUUAAUAUACACAUUCGUCGAGUCAAGAUGUCUAGAAUGCCAGCUAUUGAUAUAGCCAGGUCUUCAAUCAGGAUACUGUACUAAUUAGACGGUCACUUAAGAUCUCAAUAAAAAUACUGGCCAGGAUCCCAGAUAAGGUAGCAAUUAAAGAACUCAGGCGAGGAGCCGCAGGUAUGCCAGUUGUUACAUGUAGUCGUGCAGCUUACACGCGAUCUCAGUCAGGAUAUAAGAUUACCUGUAACUCAGUUAUAUAGGAUUUCAAUCAGGAUAUGAUAGAUUCGGUUACAUUUUCGCCAUUCUCGUACCCAGAGCCCUUCUUACGCGCGUUCGACCGAGCCCGACGAGGGGCUCUGGCCAAAUCCAUAUCAAACUGGCUUCUGAUUGGCCACAACGAAAUAUAUGGUUUAUUAUAGUAAAAAUGAAUAAAAAUACACAAGCGCUCCACGAAGCGUUGGUUUCCCUUUGAAAAUUGGGAGAAAAGACAUUAUUGAAGUUGAAAGAACAGCAGUACGAAGUAGUUAGGAAGAUUGUUGUUGAUAAUCGCCCACAAAAGCGGUGGAUGUCGCUAAUUUUAUUUAUUUAAAUCGUUGAUUGAAAUUAAUAGGUUGAAACGUGAUGUUCUCAUAGCAAAAAGUCAGCAUAUUUAUGGCAGAUGCUCGUCGUAUUUCCAAAUCAGUGAUGUUAAUCAAACAAAUCUGUGUUACAUGUUCAAAGCUGAAGUGCCAUCUGAAGAGAAAAUAUUAAAGCCAGCCAGAAUAUGAAGUUAAUUGUGAUGACUAUUUUCUUCCUAGAAACCGAUUUUUUACAAUUUUCAAAUGAUUUGCAGUAUAGUAUGUCCUAUGUAUGACUGUUGACUUUUAAUAAAACACAAAAAAGUCUAAAAAUCUGUACAACAGCGACUUAAAAUCGAAUAUAAAAUAGUGAGACAAUCUCUCGUCUUCGUAUCCGUAGCCAUUACUGCUUUGGCAACGUUUAAGAGGGAAAUAUAUACUAAAUUUUUAUCAACAUGCAUUGGGAACAUCACGUCUUACUACUAAUUGAUUUAAAUAAAUAAAAUUAGCGAAACCUACCGCUUUUGUGGGGUUUUCCUGGAGAAAAACCUCCAAAACGAAACAAACAAGAAAGCUGAAGUGUUUAUCCGCGUUUGACGUUGAGCAUGCGCAGUGUUUAACCGGAUACCAUGUUUUUAUGGUAUCCGGUUAUGGAUUUGGCCAGAGCCCCUCGUCGGGCUCGGUCGAACGCGCGUAAGAAGGGCUCUGGGUACGAGAAUGCAUUUUCGCUGAAAGCGUUCUCGCCCCAGGCUAUUUCCGCAUCACACGUCGAUCAGCGCACGCACACUCGUUGCACCGCCCUAUCACAGAGUAGAGACAUACAGAGCUGUAACUGACCGUCGUAAACACUGCGGAAGCUUACGUUUUCAUGUACCCACUUUUUUCAGGCGACUGGUCAAAAAAUGAUCAACUACGCGUGCUAACGGUUAACGGAGGUCAAAACUCAAUCUUGGAUUGUGUUUUUAAACUGAAUCUUUCCCCCCCAACGAAAAGAAAAAAACAACAAAAAAUCAUUUUCACACGCUUUAGUUUUUGGAAUUCCGAGAAACAGGUUAUUUGAGCUGGGUUUCUUUUCAAAAUAAAACGACAUGUUUAUGUUAAUUAUAAGUUACCUGUAUCGACAGCGUAUAUUUUGUGUCUUGUGCCCACCAUAAUUAGAUGGCAUGCAUGUUUGGAUUUCUGAUAAAAAUUUCGAUCAAAUUAGCACAAAAUGAAAUGGGAUGAUUGAAGAAUAACAAAUAUUACAAAUAGAAAGUAAAUUUUUUGAACUAAAAUCUAAAAUUUACACAACCUUGAGCUGGAAGAGUGAAAAAGCCGCAGAAAAAAUACGCUCGAAUACUACUACAUCGAUGUAUGGCGCCUUUGGUAUUGCACACUGUUUACAUAAGAUUACAUCAUUCACAAACCACGCAGUUACAUUCGGCUAGCAACGUGGCGGCAACAUAGUCUAAAAUGCUGAAAUAGCAAAAGCUUUCAGGGACUUUGCCUACAUUCGUGCGUCACAAAAACUGAAUCUUCUUUUCUAAAACGGGGGUCAGUAAAAGUGCUUGGAUAAAGCCCUGCAGGUCGUCAUCCAAUCAGAUGCAUGCAUCUAGUAACUUGCCGAGCAUGCGCACAAAAAAGUGAGUACACUAGUUACAACUCUGUAUGUCUCUCCUCUGUGGCCCUAUAUAUAAACUCCCUGAUCUGGAAGUGCGGAUCAAUUAGACGUAGUGACGCUUAAUGAAUAUGAUUGCGAUCGAAGACCUUAAUAGGAUGCGAACCAUGCCAAUUCGUCAGUAGAAACACCAUUGGCAGAUAAUUUCUUCAGAUUAAUAGCGUGGUCAACCGUGUAGAAGGCCUUGGACAAAUCCAAAAUUCGAAAGUGCUGUUGUUGCAGAGCACUUUCGGCGGAAACCAAACUGAUUAUCAUUAAGAAUAUUAUUUUCAGUUAUUAAGUAAUCAUAAAGUUGAGUAUAAACAGCUUUUUCCAUUUUAAUGAGCAAAACCAAAGUUAAAACUUGCUCAAUGCAGGUAGAACUGAUAUUGGACUAUAAUUACUUGUAUUCGCUCUGUCCCCAGAUUUAUACAAAGGAAUCACCUUCGAACAUUUCCAACUUGAAGGAAAUAUAUGAUUUGGAUGGUCGAUUUAUGAGCUUUGCAAUCGAAGGAGCAAUUACCUCUGAUGCAUCUCUGACUAAGUAUAGCUUUAUAUUUAUCUUGUCCAAACCAGUUGCUUUCGAAGCUUUGAGAGAUUUUAGAUGUUUAAGGACGAAUGACUCAUCAACAGGAAGGAUAUUAAAAUAUUGACCAUUUAGUCUAGGACCUGUAUAUGAGUUUGUAUGCAAUUCAUUUAGGACAGGUAAUCUCAACUGUUUUAGGGUAAAAUGACCAUGGCAGUCAACAUGGCAUAAGUGCGAAAACCUGAAUCCGGGACGAAAGUCCUGAAAAUGACCCCGCCCUGAAACGGCAGUGUCGACAUAGCUCUAACUUCCGAAAAGGAAAAGCGACAGCCUUUCUGAAGUGCUUAUAGUGUUCAGAAGGGUUGCUUUUAGGGGUGGUCAUUGGAAGGAAAAAUUUGUCUAAGUAUAAUAUUUUACAAGAAAAUGACUAUGCACCACCCUAGGUAAAUUGCUGAUUAUGCACAAAAUAACUAAUAUGCCUGGCAGAAAUUAAAUUUUCUUAUUUCCUAAAAAAAAUUAUCAUGGGAUGAAAAACUAUGCUUAGUUCAAUAUAAUUAUUGUGGAUUAUCAUAAGGAUUGUCAUUGUUUUCUUUUAAAUUAUUGUGGAUAUAAUAUAAUUAUUCAAUAUACUGAAGUGGCAUUUAUCGGACAGAGAAUCGGCGAGCCAUUAAAAUGGCGGCAAUUUGACGAAAUAUCGAAGGACACAAUGUCGAAGGUAAAAUACACUGCACUGUCUCACAACUUGAUGAAACUUGGUUGAAAUAUUCUUUAGCCAUUUAUGAUUAUGUAAAAGUACAACAACUGGAUGAUAUUUGCGAGACUCGGCGAUAAAAAGCAAAAAAGACGGCAAAGUAUGGCUGAAAUCGUGUUUUCUCGUGGGGGGUAAGUGAAAUAAAAUGUGUUAUAUUAAAAGAAAACCAUGACAAUCCUUAUAAAAUCCACAAUUAUUAUAUUGAACUAAGCAUAGUUUUUCAUCCCAUGAUAAUUUUUUUUAGGAAAUAAGAAAAUUUAAUUUCUGCCAGGCGUAUUAGUUAUUUUGUGCAUAAUCAGCAAUUUACCUGGGGUGGUGCAUAGUCAUUUUCUUGUAAAAUAUUAUACUUAGACAAAUUUUUCCUUCCAAUGACCACCCCUAAAAGCAACCCUUCUUAACACUAUAAGCACUUCAGAAAGGCUGUCAAUUUUCGUUUUUGGAAGUUGGAGCUAUGUCGACACUGCCGUUUCAGGGCGGGGUCAUUUUCAGGACUUUCGUCCCGGAUUCAGGUUUUCGCACAUAUGCCAUGUUGACCGCCAUGGUCAUUUUACCCUAAAACAGUUGAGAUUACCUGUCCUAAAUGAAUCGCAUACAAACUCAUAUACAGGUCCUAGACUAAUUAGAGAAAUAGUAACUUGAAGCAUUACUUGGAAAAAUAUUGACCUAUAGUUGCGAAAUACAUGAUUGUUCAAAAUAGAAGCAGUCCAUUUAUUGUUUGUAUAUUCAACUCCGUCCGAGAUAGUACAAGUUGGGUUGGACGAUUGGCAUUUUCUAGAUAAUGCUUCAUUACCGCAUUUCUGGGAGUCACCUACCUUUACUUUCCUCAACGAAACUGAUGUGAUGUAUAAUAUUUCGAUUUGCGAGCCUUAAUUUCUUUAUUCGCAAUGUUCCGAGAGUUUCUACAUAUAUGAUUGCCAAUGAUGGGGACAGCCUGAUUCUCUUGCCUUUCGAUAACAAUAAUCGCGGUCACGCAUAAAAAUCGCUGAUGUUUGAAGUCAUCCAGGGUGUAUUUAUCAUUGUUAAAGCAGGUCUUCCCCCAAUUAAGGGUUGAAAUUGAUAGGUGCAUUUUGAUCUACAAUUGUCAAAAUGCCAUUUUAUUUAAAUAUUGGCUUCAAUGAAUUCUUGUAUGUUUUUGGUUUAGUACCCUCCCUUUUUAUCAAAAUAUAUUUCGACCCCUUCCUUCAAAACCUUAUUCGGUUUCGAAUCCAUCCCAAAUAGCUUCAACUCCUCACGACACAUAAGGCAGUUAAGAUUCACAUUUGAACGGCAAAUGGCAGAGCUCGAGUCGAAUUGUCUUGACAGAAUUUUCAUUUAACUUUUUCGCUUCAUAUAUUCUCUUUCUUGAAUAUGUCAAAAUGAUUACACAUUGCAGUAAAUACUGUUUUAAAACAACAAGUUCAUUUGUUUUUUGCCUGGCGUUUGUCAUUUGAAGUAUGAACGCGAAGCUUAAACUCUCUAAUACUGAACGUCGAUCCAGUAACUCCAGACAAAGGGCCUUCGCUCGAAACGUCGAAACCUUAAUAUAUAUUUUCAGGUAGUUGUACGUAUCCCUACCAACGAAAGCUUGUUCAUUUACAAAUUUCAGCAAGUUAUUAAUUAAGUCCUGGAUACUUAUACUAUUUAAUGUUUACCUUUAGACAGCAAAGGAAAGAAUGCUCUUCAUAGCGCUUCGGCUGCAGGGAACUUGGAAGCAUUGAAACUUCUUAUCCAACAUGGUGCAGAACUAAAUAAAAGAGAUAAAUACGGCAGAGGAGGAUUGCAUUGGGCAACAAUAUUUAAUCAUGUCGAAUGUGUUAAAGAACUUAUUAAUGCAAAAGCUGAAAUUGUAUGUGAAGGAAACUGGCAACCAUUACACGAGGCAGCAAAAGCUGGACAUAAUGACAUCAUUAAAGUUCUUCUUGAUGCUGGAUGUGAUGUGAAGAAUCCUUCCAAAUGUAUGUCGUUAUACAUAACUAUUAACUAACUAGUGCCGUCAUUUUAACAAGCAAUGUUAUAUGUCUUCGUUGGAAAAAGCCUAGUCAUCUUUACCGACUUGUUCAUUAUAAAAAUGUUGGGUAUGAUGUUAUUAAAUGGAAUGCAAAUUAGUUUACUUUUUCUGAUAUAAAAUUAUUUCAAAUGACAUCUUAUCCAGCAACUAUGACAGUGAAGAAGUUAAUCGAGGCGAAGUUUUUUACUGCAAACUUUAAGUUAUACUAUUAUUGGACGAGGUUAAGCUAGUUUUUAAUUGAUCUGCGGACCACAUACAAAUCGCGAUAAUUUGCGAUACGUUCAAUAAUUGUUUUAUAUACACAUGAAAUACAUUUUUGCCAGGAAAGCUCGACAAAGUUUGUCGUUGCUUUCCAUUGCCUUAAGCUUCGUCCACCGUCCACGUAAAAUUUUCGUUGCUCAGCUGCAACAACGUUUUCUAUCGCAACCAUAUCAUUUCCCAACAAGCGAAAUAAGUUUCUUAAUCACGAAAUCUUAAUUUGCAAAUUAAAGUUCACUAUUAAUUAAUAAUAAGCAAUUUUGCAAAAGUGUCAAAAAUGAAGCUAAUACGCAUGAGCAGAUCAUUUGCAGCUGAGCAACAGUUUUGGCCAAUGUUCGUGCACAUGUUAUAUUUGCACCAAUUAUUUGGAAGAAAAUUAGCCAAUCAAAAUUGAGAAAAUAAUCAUGUGAAUGAUAAACUGCAUUUAUUAUUUCAUUUCUUCUUAAAAUGACCGAAAUAUUAAAAAUAUCAACAAUCAUUUUGGGGUUAGAGACACUUUUAAUAAGUCUUUUACCUACAAUUCUACAUCUUUUCUAUCCAGGUGUCGAUGUUGUUGACUCUGCAUGCUUUUUAGUAAUGCGAAAAUUGAAGAUAACCUCAGCUUUAUAUGAGCAUUUUAAAAAUUUUAUUCAAUGGUACAAUUUUAAUAGUUUGUAAGAUUUUAUCUGCAUCAGCUGCAAAUAGUUGCUCAUAGAUGCUUGUGGGAUUACAGGAUCAGACUACCUGAAAAAUAUAACUUCGACGAUAUUUAUCAGGUAGUGUAUCGUUAAUCUCUACCUACACUGGAGCCCGCCCGGCCACAUUGAAGAUUUGAAGUUUACGUCCUAGUUCAAACGUUGAACUUUUCAUGUUCCGACCCCGAUGAGCUCAAACAGUGGAUUCAUUGAAUAAUUGAAUAAUAACACUUGAAUAAUUUACAAUUGAACCAAGAUCUGGUUAUCAGAGGCGUACAUAUCAUUCAAACACAUCACGCUUUCCUUAACGAAAGACAAUUUUUAAAUAAAUUACAGAACCUGACAUAACUAACGGUUGACAUCCGGAACAUUCCAAAUUAUAGUUAUUCCGGCAAGUACUUAAUUAUGAGGUGCCGUGUGUUGCAAAAUUCGUGUUUUUGUCGUCGUCAUGGUACUAUUUAUUUAUUAACUUUACAAUCAUACAAAAAAUAUAACAAUGAUUGAAGGUAUGGUCAACAGGACAUGAGUCCCAUGUAUAAUAUAUGCUGAAAUACACAAAGCUUGCAUUUCACUGUGUGAAACCCAACGAACGCAUAUGUUGAAUCACGUAAUUACUACUAAAAGGUUGGAAUUUCAGUCUAAUUUCGUGUGAAUACACCCUUCCGGAAAGUACGUCACAUUGACUAUAGAGCCUCGUUUUCGUGCAUGUGCAUUUCGUGUAAACGAGUUGAAAUUGCAUCACGAUUACAUGAGCAGUUUGAGCUCGGGCUGAGUUUAGUCAGAGCUAUAUUUAUAGUCAACCCAGGUUGAAAUGUCAGCCCGGGCUGAAAUAAUCGAGUGUCACGAAAUAGGACAAUAAGCCUGAUACGCUUCUUUGAAGCACUCAGAUGCUGAUUAGUCGACUAUUUGACUUGUGUGAGACUGUGGUUAUAUGUAAAGUAUUUAAAGAUGAAACAAAAACGCAAUAUAAAGCCAUUUAAACGGUUGAUUUUUUAGCCCGAGCUAAAGUUAUUUGCGAUUACAUGCUGCCGGGCUAAGUUUCAGCCCGGGCUGAAACUCAUCCCUGACUGGAAUUUUGGUCAUGUAAUCGCUUGCUGUGUUUUAAAAGGAUUUUAUCCUUAGGCCGCGCCGAAAUUUCAGCCCGGGAAACCGGGCUGAAACUCAGCCCGGGCUGAAAACUCUCCAUGUAAUCAUCCCCUUAGUGCAUUUUUAUCACGAAUUUCACUCUAUAUUCGUGCGAAUGUCAGCUGCAUAUUAGUAGAACAAUCAGUUUUAUGUGCCGGAGGUUUGGAAAUGAAAUCAAAAGAAAUGUCGGUGAAAUUUGAAAAAUUCCGAUCAAAUUUCAUUGUGUUGUGACUUCUGAAUGACCAAAAUAAUAAUUAUUAUAAUAAUUAUUUUGAUGUGACGAAAAUAAAAUAAUGAUCUUUAAAUUUAGUUCCUGGUCCAAGACGACCGUGGUCACCAUUACAUGUUGCGUGUCGUCAAGGCAACCUGGAUACAGUAAAAUUACUGAUUGCGUCGGGAGCGAAUGUGAACACAGUUAAUGCAGGAGGUCAUACGCCAUUACAUGAAACAGCAUACAGAGGAUUUGAUCAAAUAUUGAUGGAAUUAUUAAAGAAUGGAGCCAAACCUAACGCAAUAAGUAAUCAGAAAAGGACACCACUACACGAGGCUUGUAUUCAAGGUAUAAAAUGUGUUGUUACUACGAUUUGCAUUUGACUUUGAAGCGUUAAUGUUUUGUGUUAAAUUAUCGACUUGAUUAAUUAAGUUACAAUAAGACAUUCGGUGACCCAGAUAAUUGCUGAAAGACAGAUGGACACAACCCACGAGGCGGAACACUUAAGGUGGCUCAAUACACUUUUCAAAAAUUCAGGUGUUCAACAAUUUGACAUGUCCAAACUACUUGUUUUUAGGAUUUAUUCAGCAGAAAUUAGGGUUUUUAUAUUAUUUGACAUCUCUACUUUCAAGUUAUAUUAGUUUUAGUAACAGAUAGUUUGUUGCUAUGACGACAUACGCGUACGAAAUUCACUCCAAAAUGGCCUAUCGCCUCGUAUUGUUGGAAAAGAAGCAUGGUGACCCCCCAAUUUUUUACUUGAAAGAAAAACUAACAAUCAGCAAAAUAUUAAAAAAUUCUGUAAUGCUAUUUUUUUGGAAAAUGCGAAAAUGUCGUACUCUUCGGUAAAAUGUUUUUGGCAUUACAGAAUUUUUUUACUUUUUGUAUAAUGAAAGUUUUUAGCGAUGCAAUAUAGCAUGCAAAAUUUGAACAUAGGUCACCAGACAAAAUAGAGAGAUAUAGCGCAUUGUUUUCUAAAAUGGAAAAUUCUAAUGACGUCAGCAAUUGACAUAGAACACACGCAAUUGACAUCUUAGAACACGCGCAAUUGACGUGAGAUGGCGCGAGCAACUACUCAUGCACGUCACGUCAUUUUGGAAAUUCUUUCAUUUUGUUAAUCAGUUUCCACGACCUGCGCGUAAAAUGGUCAUCCGGUUUUGUUCGCGAUUCUUGAGCAGGGUAUUUGUAAAAAUGUGGAAAGUUAUUGCAUUUUUUGGGGGACACCCUGUAUAUUAAUGUUGCCUGUAUUUAAUUUAAGGUAAACCAAAAGUGGCCGCUUUGUUGCUGGACGCUGGUUCCAAUAUUCACGCUCAGGAUGUUGUCAUGAACACGUCACUACACUACGUUGUAAGCGCAGAGUAUGCUAAAGAAAUCAAACUAGAGUUAUUGAACAUUUUGUUGUGUUAUGGCGCAAAUUCCAUGAUAUUGGGAAAAGACGAUGACACUGCUAUUGACGCUGCACAUGCUAAUUACUUUCUUGAUGGCAUUGAUCUCAUGAAGGAAAGUCUGGGUAAGGCGUAACCAUGUGUUGUAGCGAAUCUAUGACGGUUCUUGUCGCAAUAGAGCCAGUCACAUUGACAACAACCCUAAACGACAUUUAAGCAUUGUGUAAGAUUAGAAGAUUUUGUUAAGGUGUGUAGUAACCAGAUGCGCUGGUAGUAUAACAGGCCUAUUCUAAUGUAGGGUCUAGUCAUAUUGUGUGUAAAUGUUUUGCAUGUUCAUCAGAACCUCUUUUAAGAAUUCCUCACUGGAGGGGCCAUCUAGGGAAAGGACCUAACUGAGAGGUUAUGAACUGGAAAAGUGAGGAGUGUAGGGGGGAGGGGGUCUGAGGGUUCACCCCAACGAAAUGUUUGUAUUUUUGGCAAAAAUGUCUGCAUUUUCAGACACAACGUUUUUAUAUAUUUCAUCCGAUAGGCAAUGGUUUGGUCAUAGGAAUAAUAAAACACUUUUAAUUUUAAGCAUAGUUUAUUGGACGGGCGAACAUGGGGGCUGGGAGGACUUGGUCCCCCAGGUUUCUAUAUUUAAAGAGGCCUCGAUGUUCAUGUCUGUUUUUGAAUACAUGCAUAGUAGAAGAGAGAUGCAUAUUCAAUUGAAGACUAUCUAUUCAACAAUCACAGUAAUAUAUGUCUUUGCAGAAACACCUCGCUGCUUAUCAUUGCUGUGCAAGCUUAGGAUUCGAAAAAUGAUGUUCAAACGAAUGGAAGAUUUUCAUAGAUUGUAUUUGCCACUGCCUUUAAUAAAGUACGUCAUGGAAAUUGAGGCUUUUUAGAGGUAUGAAACUAAGCUGAUAUUUUUUGGUAAUUAUAACCUGCGUAGCGGGUUCUUGUUGGAACAUAAUUGUUCAAUUUUUGAAAAUAGAAUUGAAUUGAUUGGCAUGUUUACUGUAUGCACAAGCGAAUACAAUUUUCGGCCUGCAUUUUCCCCUAGUUGUUAUUGGUAAAUUUUCGCGAUUGAAAGUUGGGUUUUACUGUAUCAGUUCACUGUUCCUCUUUUCUGCUUCAACGAGUGCUGGCUGCACAGCCAAUUAAAGUGAAAAUAUUUUGGGGCUUAUACAUGGGAUGAUGGGAAUACUUGUAUGAUAGAGGUUCGGUUGUCGUUCUUAUACUUAAAGUGGCUCCCUGCCGCUUCCUGAAAUUUGGAAAUGAUUUUGAAUUAGAUUAAAAUCUUUCAAAAUUGAAGUACUGAACACUGCAUGCAUUAAUUUAAAGUUAAUCAUAUCGAAAUCAAUGUCAUUGCGCAUGCAGCUAAACAUCGUCAAUUUGGUUCAUGCCAGAGUGCCUAUAUACAGUAUAGCAUUUUUCGCAGCUGUUCCUGGUUUGGUUUGAAUAAAAAUGUGUAAAAUUUACACUCGAAAUUUCCAUUUACAAAAUCCUUCAACAUUUAUUCAAUCGAGUGAGAUGCCAAAAAAUCCUGAUAAUAAUCCUAAUAAUUUUUCAUGAUCAAUCUCCACAUGUAAAAAUAUUUGUCCGUAUAAGGUGACGUGGUAAUUAUAUACAUUCAAUUUAUAAAAGCCAUAUUUGAUAUGUUUUUAGUUUCCAAGAAGUAAUAAUUAUACAAGAAAUUGGAUCUCAAAGUUUCCACAUUUCAAAAAAGUAAGGGUCGUCGUAAGAACUUAGUGUAGAAAUAUGUAAUUAAGUAUAAAAUUAUAAACAUAUGAAAUAAAUACCGUAUGUAUAUACUGUAUCAUGUAAAAUAAUUGAAUUCAGUGUAAUAAUGAAGUAUAUCAAUAUUUCGUAAGACGGAAUUUUCGUGACGAAAAAAAUUCUCGUGUGCGGCGAGCAAACGACAAGCGCGCCUGAAUAGGAAAAUUUGCGCAUGCGUGCAACUUGGCGUUAAAAACAACAUGGCGGAUCAAAAUCACGAGCACGCAUGCGCAAAUUUUCCUAUUCAGGCGCGCUUGUCGUUUGCUCGCCGCACACGAGAAUUUUUUUGUCACGAAUGACGAAAAAUAUCAAACAUGUUUGAUAUUUGGUUUACAUGUCACGAAUGACGAAAAUGCCGUAAAUGUUGCCCGCACACGAGGAAAUUUUGUCGAUCCAACUUGUCACGAAUAGCAAGUACGCGCGACAAGUGCGCUCGUGUGCGGCGGGCUUAAGUGUGAUCGAAAAACAGGAUCGAACCAUUUUCAAGAAAAUAUCUAAAUUUAUGGAGCAUCCCUUGUCAUUAAUGCCACUAAAUAUAUUCGCUACAACUUAUAAUAAGGAAAAAUAGUAUUGUCACAGGCCUAAAGUUAAAACGGAACGUUUUAAGUAUAAGGAACUUAUAAACCGUUUAAUAUUUAAAUGUGAAAAGAGUAAAAGUCAACGCUCUGCCGAAAGCCGUGGGUUUUCCCCGGGUACUCCGGUUUCCUCCCACAGGGAAAGUUGACAGGGUGGGUUAGGUAAAAAGGGCCCACAGUAAUUGGCAUAUGCUGUUGUGGUGACCCUGCCCUAGUUGGCAAAGCUAAAUAAAUAAAUAAAUAAAUAAAUAAAUAUGACUUAGCAAUUUACUAUAUAAUGUAAUUUCACAUUUUAAAGUAGUUAGAUUCAUGUGUAUUCUAUAUCAAUUGUAAUUCAAUAUAUGUAUUUUUAUCUUGUGGAUUCAAUAAAUACCAAUAAUUG